AUGGUUGAAGGACACUCGGUCCAUCGUGUUGCUGCUGCUCACAGGCAGAAACUUGUGGGGAAAGUCUUCCGUGCCAGCAGCCCCAACGGCAGGUUCGCUGACGGAGCGAGGGCGAUUGACGGGAAGAAAUAUCACAGGAUAGAGGCUGUUGGGAAGAACCUUUUCGCCUUCUUUGGCGAGGACGCCGGCAACUUCAUCGUCCUCCAUGUUCACUUCGGUAUGAGCGGCCAGUGGAGCAUCUUCGAUCAGAACAAGGAGGACGUCCCACCCGUGACCUCCACCACGAGGCUGUGCCUGGUGCACGAGAGCGGGCUAGUGAGCCACCUUUCCGCCAUGACGCUGCGCUGCGAGGACGAGAGCUACUACCACGAAAAGAGGAAGAGCCUUGGGCAAGACCCGCUGAGGGACGACGCGGACCCGAAGGAGCUGUUCAGCAAGGUUUCGAGCAAGAGGGCUGCUGGCAGAAGCAUUGGAGAAAUCAUCAUGGACCAGUCCUUCUUCGCGGGCCCGGGGAACAUCUACCGGGCUGAGAUCCUCUUCCGGGCCGGAGUCCACCCCAACACACUCUGCGGGGACCUGGAGGAGGAAGCGUUCAGCAGGAUCUGGGCUGAGACUGUCUCCCUCCUCCGCCGCGGGUUCCUCACUGGAAGCAUCCUCACUGUGGACCCUAAGGAGGCGCAGGCGCUGGGGAGGCCGAGCAUGCGAAGGUACAUCUACAACGCUAAGGACUGCGGGAGAUGCGGGACGAGGGUUGUAAGCUGGGACAUGAAGGGCCGGACCUGCUACGCCUGCCCCACCUGCCAGCCAGCUCCAGCUCACAGCCAAGACGUGAAGUUUGCGCCAGCCCGGGUGUUCCUGUCGCACUGCGCGCGGGAGUCGCUGGAGGAGCGAGAGAGUCAGGGACUCGAGAAGCUCACAGUCAGCGAGCUGAGAAACCGACUGACCCAGCUGGGGCUGAGCACGAGUGGGAAGAAGUCGGAGCUGAUAGCAAGGAUUGAGGGCAGCGGGUUGCGCAUCAAAGAAGAGGAGGGAGAGAAGGAGGUGGUGGGGAAGGGAGAGGAGGAGGAGCCGGUGUCUGCGCUGGAAGCAGCGAGGGAGAAGUUGAGGGCUGGAGAGUCUCGUGCUGUCGAGCAUGUGGCUGAUGUUCAUCCCUCACAAGUCGCGGGGCUCCGAGGCCCUCGGGCAGAGGAAGCGAGGGUGGAGCGAGAGGAGGAGGAGGAAGACCUGGGGGCCUGA